ACAAUUUAACCUAACAAAGAAGUGAUAACAAAAACAACGCACUUUGUGAUGGAAAAUCUGGAAAACGCCGCAAAACUCAGCCACAAGGAAUGGCGCAAGAUUGCCAAGAAAUACCGGCGCAAAAGAAUUCGCCAGAAGAAGGCUCAAGAGAGGGACAAACUAGAAGCUGAGGAAGAGGCCAGGAAACUCAAGGAUCCCACCUAUCUGACAUGGUUGGCUGAACAGCGAGCUCUUGAGCUUUUCCAGGAGGAAGAGGAUGAACUUCAACGCCAGGAGAGCAACAGGAAAUGGUUGGAGUGUGAGAAGGAAGCUCAGAAGCGCUUCCAAGAACUCCGGGAGAAACUGGACAGGAUCGAUAGAGAGCGUGCCAAAGAGAAGACAAGAAUAAGGGAAGAGUAUAAGGCUGAACAGGAGAGGAGGAAGAAACUGCGUGAGGAGCAGAAGAGGAUAGCUGAGGAAAAGCGUCUGAAUCAUGAGAAAUUGAUGGGAAAAAUUGAAUUGUAUGUCUCAGGAGAGGGAGAGUUGCCUCCGGAAUUGCUGGAGACAGCAGACACAAAUCCCGAGCGAGCCACGUGUCCUUUCUUCGUGAAGACUGGCGCCUGUCGAUUUGGGGAUCAAUGCAGUCGGAAUCAUUCUCGGCCCAAUAUUGGCACAGUUGUUCUGAUUCCCAACUUCUUCACGCACAUUCUCCUGGAACAGUUCAGAGGCACUGAGUAUGGAACGGAUAUGUCUCUGGAGUAUGAGGAGAGGGAGAUGGAGACUGACUUCAAAGAGUUCUACUACGACGUCGUAUCGGAAUUUGAGCUCUUCGGGACGAUCAAGAACUUCUUCGUCUGCAAAAAUACGGAGCCUCAUUUGAGGGGAAACGUCUACAUUGAGUACAAAAGCAGAAGGGAAGCAAUGAAAGUCUACCAGAAGUUCCAGGGCAGAUUCUACGGUGGAAAGCAACUGAAUGUUGGAUUUCGAUCUAUAGAAUCGUGGUCAACAGCUAUUUGUGGUUUGUCAUUUGUGAGAAAAUGCCCUAAAGGUAGCCAAUGCAGCUUUCUGCACAUCUUUAGGAACCCCGACGCCAAGUAUUCCUACUCUUGGCGCAGGGAUAAGAGAGAGCAAAGCCGAACUGAUGCUUCAGAGGAGCGGAGAAAUGGUGACAAGGCAGAGAAUGAUUCCAGAUCGUCCUGGAAUGAUGAGGAUGACAGGAAGAAGACGAACUGGCGCUGGUCAGACAGUUCGGAGAGCGACUCCUCAGACGCAGACAAGAGCAGCAGAUCGAAAUCAGAAACACGAGACAGACGAUAUCAUAAAUCACGUCGUGUGUCCCAAUCGCGCUCAUCGUGUGAUCGCAAACAUAGAGGUCACAGUCGAACGCGCCAGCGCAAUUGAUCCAAAAAGAGAUAUACAGUGGACAGAGAGUGGACAGUUUGAGGCGCCAAAGUGAAGAAGUCUGCAGAGUGAUGGUACAAUUGGCCAAGAGGGAAGAGUGAGAGAGAUGCAUGAAAAAAACAACAGAAGAAGUCGUUGUCAAUCUGCGUAUGCUUGUCCAUCUGUUGGUGCUUUUUCACUGGCCGCUUU